GCAUCUUGGUAUUUUCUCCUCCACCAGUCUCACCCACUGCUUUUGGAUAACUUUAUGCCACUCCUGGUGCAACAAUUCAAGCAGUUCAGCUUGGUUUGAUGGCUUGUGAUCAUCCAUCUUCCUCUUAAUUAUAUUCCAGAGGUUUUCAAUUUGGUAAAAUCAAAGAAACUCAUAAUUUUUAUAUGGUUUCUAUUUUUUUCCCAGAGCUGUAAUUCACUAGAUCUGCUCCAUUAUUGUCUGUUUGUGUAAAUCAUUAAAAAAAAUAUGUUAAAUUAUUAAUAACAAAGAAAUGGUCAUCGCUCAAGUAUUUUAAAAAAGUUUAUUCACAAAGAUAGUUUACUAUAAAAUUAUCUACACUGUAUGGUUCUAUGGGGUUCCUCUCCAGCAUUACUUCAAGGAAACCUUGUGGCAUUUUAUUGUAAGGCAGUAUUAUUACGUAUAUGUUAAUAGACCAUUGGUAUGUAGCCUCCUUCUAGCAGAGCUUAACAAUAUCCUCAACAGAGUCUUUAUGGUGCCUUUAUAGCAGUGGCAUGGUAUGACCUUAUUGAGGGAUUGUGCUGAGUCACGAACAGCAUCGUAGAUCCACUGCGUGACGCAGCAGAAGGGCUGAGUUAGAUGUGAUUAUUAGGUUCCCCACCCACUCGCUGCCACCAUCCCCAGCUUGAGCCACUGAUAGGGGUGGUCCUCAGACCUUAUCAGUCUGCAGUAGGCCAGAGGCCUGCUAUCCCACCCCUCUCCUAAAAAGAAACGUAUAUAGCCACACUAAGGAGACACUGCUGCUUUCUGAAAUGUACGCAGGUCUAGCUUUAAAAUCUGACUGGGCUGAGAUGUUUAAGUUUCUUUAUAUCACAGGACUAAGAUUAUUCCAAAUUUACAGGGCAUUAUAAAUUUCAAAUGUGUAUGAGAGUCUAAACUAAUAAAAGAAUAUACCAGUAAACUUAAACUCCCCCCAAAAAAUCUAUUUAAUUUACACUCUGUAAACAUUUGUUUUUUGUGCACUACAGGGUCUGGGGGGCUGAUUUUUGGGAGGGUUUUUCGCUGUUGCCCAGACUACCAAGGAUAACUAUGAGAGCAAUGAAUAGCAACAAUGAUUGGUAUAAUAUUUGUUUAUAAGCUCUUGUACCAUGUCAAGUAUAAAUUAAAUAUUAGUUUUGAUACGUGUUUAGUAAUAUUUUGUGCAUCAUGUAUUUAAUAGAGAAUUACAGAAUUAUAUUACAGAAUGUGAUUAACAAGUACCAAUGAGUAAACCUUUUUUCCCCAGUUUUCCAAAUUUAUCUUAAAUUCCCACCAACUACUAGAUAUAUACAGCUCUGGAAAAAAAUAAAAGACCAUUUAAAAAUGAUGAGUGUCUUUGAUUUUACCAAAUUAAAAACCUUUGGAAUAUAAUCAAGAGGAAGAUUGAUGAUCACAGGCCUUCAAACCAAGCUGAACUGCUUGAAUGAAUGCACCAGGAGUGGCAUAAAGUUAUUCAAAAGCAGUGUAAAAGACUGGUGGAGGUGCACAUGCCAAGAUGCAUGACAACUGUGAUUAAAAACCAGGGUUAUUCUACCAAAUAUUGAUUUCUGAACUCCUAAAACUUAACCUAGAAUCUGAAGUGGUCUCUUAUUAUUUUCCAGAGUUGUAUUUCUCUAUUAAAUAGCACAACCUUUGAAAUUUAACAUUUCAUUCGGAAAUCAAGGGACCAGAGUCUGGAGGAAGAGUGGAGAGGCACACAGUCCAAGCUGCUUGAGGUCAGGUGUGAAUUUUGCACAAAUCAGCGAUUCUAAAUUAUUUUCUAUUUGUACAAUAGUUUAUUUGUGUUCACACAUUGUAACUUAAUAAUUUCUGUUAUCAUUUUAGUUGGUGCAAGUCGAUUGGUGCAGUUGCCUGUCCAUCAAACUCCUCUAAGUAGUGAGCAGGGAUAGGAGUUGCAAAGGGGAGCAGAGAGAGAUAGAGAGAGAGAUUUAACAGGAACUAAAUUUGUGCCCAGAUAUGUCCAAAAAGUGGACAUAUUAAAUCGGACAGUUAAGUCGCUUGUGUGACAUUUUUAAAUCAUAUAUAUACAUUUUCAACGUAAUAAAACUUUAGACUUUGUUGAUGGAAGCUAGCCAAAAUGUUGUGUAUUCAGCAUACUUAGUGAGUCUAAAGUAUGGUGUGUCGCUUGUUGUGUGUUGAAAUAUAGUUAAAAGUUUGUUAAGCUAAGCUAAAUUGUGUAAAUACAUGGACAGUGUUUCUGAAGAGCCCAGUGAGCUGCCCAGAGCUAGAGCUGCUGACAAGGGAGCUGUGUCUGACUCUAAAAUAAUCAUUAAAUUAAGUCACUUUUGUAGGUAAAAAUAGGUGUUUUUGACAACCUGUUGAAAAUAACCAGACUGCAGGAAAUGGUGUGUCCCCCACCAUAUUAAAUAUGUUUCUAAUGUCCCUGUGUCUGCAGUUUGUCCCAUGCAGGCAGUUGGGGAGUGACUCAGUGCUUCUGUAUCACGUGGCCUUCAGCCUCAGUGUGAGUGUGAACACAACAGCGCUCUGUCUGUCUGUUGAUCUGUCUGUCAGCUCUAUCAGACACAGCGUGGGGUAAAAUGAGGGAGUAGCACUGCUCUGCGCUGUCUUUUCCUCAGUGUUUUAGGAGCAGCUGAGUUUGGAGGAGUUUAUGGUGACAGGAUGCUAUAAUGCUGUCCCAGCGGGAGAGAGAGUUACUAGUGGAGCUGUGGGACAGACUGACCCCUGUGGCUGAAGACAUCGGCUCUGAGGCUCUUCUGAGAAUGUUUACAACUUUUCCUAAGACUAAGACUUAUUUCACUCACCUGGACCUUAGUCCACAUUCUGAGCCCCUGCGCUCCAUUGGGAAGAAGGUAGUGGAGGCCAUAGCUGAGGGUACCAGACACAUUGGCACUGCCCAGUUCACCGCGAACCUCAGCUAUCUCAGCAGGUUCCAUGCCUAUCAACUCCGAAUACAUCCCACCAACUUCAAGCUUUUCAAUCACUGUAUGCUGGUGACAUUAGCCUGCUAUCUGGGGGAGGACUUCUCCCCUAAUGCUCAUGCAGCCACAGACAAGUACCUGUCCGCCUACUCAGCAAUACUGGCUGAAAAAUUCAGAUAACCUGCAUCAAAGACUAUACACACACUCUUCUCAGGAUUCUCUUUUUAACCCAACCAACCUCCUUAUUGAUGUGAUGUAAAUAGUGGAUUAUUUUUGUAAUAAAAUCAUUUAAAUUA